AUGGUCACUACCCGCUCCCAGUCGCGUCUCCCCGCGCACGCCACCACGGCCACUGCCGCGGCCAAGGGCGACACCCGCACCCGUCGCAACCAAGCCAAGACGACGGCAUCAUCAUCCACCCCACAGCCCAGCAAAGCCGACACCGACAACGCCAACGCCAACGACGACGACGACGACGAUCCCAAGCCGCCGCGCAAAAGGACCAAGCCGUCAACUACCUCGACGACUCCGACGACAAAGACGCGGCAGUCCAACAAGUUUCCGUAUCACCUUCCGCUGUCGCAGCUCGACCUUCGCGCGCACCCGCACCUCUACCGACCGGGGGUGGGCGAGCAGGGUGUUCUGCAGGUACGGCCGUACAAGGAUGAGAUACUGCCGCACUGGACCUUCAAGACGCCACAGCGGGCGCAGUGCAGCGCCGAAAAGAUCCGAGGGAUGUUUGAAGUCUACCUCGACCAGGGCGAUUUUGUGGGUUGCGACAUGGCGCGCAAGUUCAUCCAGAUGGGAUAUACCCGCUCCAGACGUUACGCCAACCACCGCGGCGGGAGAAAGUACCGCGAUCCGGCCGACCAUUCACGCGGGCAGCUCGACCGUCUAGCGCCGCCGGACCAGGAUCCGGACAAGGUCGAGAGCGCGCGCAUCUUUCGGCGCUACCUCGAUGACAUCCUCGCAGACGAGCGGUACACGCGUCUCAGGCAGAGCUUCCUCGAUACCCACGCCCGCGUCCCCGUCCCGCACGAGGAUAGCGACGAGAUUGUGCGACUGCGACAGGAUAGGGAUCGCAUUCCGUUUAGGCACUUCUAG